GACGGCCCAACACCCAUGACACGGGAGGAUAACCAGCCGAGCCCGAUUCGCUCUGAUUCGCGUGUGGCGACGCAGCAACCACCAGUCACCACUCCAGUCCAAACCCAUCCGGAUUCGACGAACGACCCGGCGGCCGGCGGCGAAGAGGGAGAUGGCGGCGGCGGCGGCGGAGGUGAGGUACGGGAUAGUCGGGGUCGGGAUGAUGGGGCGGGAGCACCUCCACAACCUCGCCCACCUCGCCGCCGAGGUCGGGCGGGAGCAGUCCGUCAAGGUGCGGGUCACCGGCCUCGCCGACCCCCACCAGGAGUCCCUCCGCCUCGGCCUCCAGCUCGCCGACGAGCUCGGUCUCCCCGCUCCACAGGCCACCGCGAGCUGCUGGACAGCGGGCUCUGUGACGCCGUCAUCGUGUCGUCGCCGAACAUGACCCACUACGAGAUACUCAUGGACAUCAUCAGCCACCACCAACCGCACCACAUCCUCGUCGAGAAGCCCCUGUGCACCACGGUGCAGCACUGCAAGAAGGUAAUUGAAGCGGCACAACAGAGACCAGACAUAAUUGUGCAAGUUGGAUUGGAGUACAGGUACAUGCCACCAGUGGCAAAGCUGGUAGAUAUCGUUAAGAGCGGUACGCUAGGGCAAGUCAGAAUGGUGGCCGUACGUGAACACCGUUUUCCUUUCCUUGUUAAGGUAAAUAACUGGAACAGGUUCAAUUGCAACAGUGGGGGGACUCUGGUAGAAAAGUGCUGCCACUUCUUUGAUUUGAUGAGAUUGUUUGCAGCUGCAAACCCAGUUCGUGUGAUGGCUUCUGGAGCCAUCGAUGUUAACCAUAAGGAUGAGAUGUAUGAGGGAAAGGUCCCGGAUAUAAUUGAUAACGCAUAUGUGAUUGUAGAAUUUGAUAAUGGCUCUCGUGGGAUGCUUGAUCUCUGCAUGUUUGCUGAAGGAAGUAGAAACGAGCAAGAAAUUUCUGUGGUUGGUGACACUGGGAAGGGUGAAGCUUUUGUUCCUGAGAGCAUUGUCAGGUUUGGAAAGAGAACGGAAGGCAGAGAUGGAGUUGUAACAAUAAUGGCCGAAGAUGACCGAAUCAAGUAUAUCUAUUUUGCUGUACCAUAUCACCAUUCUGCUUUCCUGGGUAUCAAGGUCUUCAUCAUGGAUCCAGCUAUUUGGAGCACCUCAACUUCUUAUCUGCUAUAAGGGCUCAAGGUGCCUAUGGACCUUCCGUCAACUUAAGCGACGGUCUACUAUCUGUUGCCAUUGGCAUGGCUGGUCAAUUAUCAAUUGAGCAAGGCCGGUUUGUGACCAUGGAAGAGGUCUUAGGUUCCUAGGCUGAUAAUUCAGGUGAGACACAGGUGGACAUGCCAAUGUAUUGUAAAACCUUCCUAUGUAGAUUAGGUACAGUACACAGACUUCGGAAUGCUCCCAACUCCUGAGCUUUCGCAAUGUUAUAAUAAUGGGCAUUUGAAUUCUUCAUGGAAAGAGGUCUCUUCAACCCAUUCAAUGCGAUAAACGGAACAUACGGAGAUGUUUUUUUAAUCUGCACUGUAUCUCUUAGUUUACCUCCAAAUUUUUGAAGUUCAAUACGUUAUGCGCUUGCAUUCUCCAAUGAAGCAUCUAGUAAGCAUGGAUU